CGACGUUCAAUUUUCUCUGACUUCUCCCUUGCAACCCAUGACAAGUUGAAGUCGCUGUAUGUCGCGGGCCAACAGUACUCACGACAAUGCUGCUGCAGGAGCCGAGGAGCCGGGAAUCAUGACAGAGGUAAUUCGGGCUAUGAGCAGUGAGCUCAGAAGGGCUCGUACGGAGCAGGAUCGACUACAUGCCGAGAACGAGCGACUGCAGCAAGAGCUCGACGGCGCGUGUCUAACGCUGCGAGCGCUCAGGGAAGGUGAAGACGAGAAGUCACCGACGGUGGAUCAUACUCGCUAUUCGAAGCUAUACGAAGAGGCACGUCAAGAGAUUGACAGGCUCACUCAAGAGAGAGAUGGGGAAAGAUCCCAUCAUGAAGUAGCUAUGGAGGAAAUACAAGGGAAGCAUCUUAAGCUUAAAGACAAGUACAAGGCAGCGAAAGCUUCACUAGCAGAGCACAAGACGGAAUUGAGCCGAAUUCGGAAUGCAACUGCGAAUGCAUUUGCAGAGUUGUCGGAAGUCAGAGCGCCAUCGUCUCGAAAACGAAAAGAAAGGACAGAGGACGACCACACCCCGAUCAUUACGCAGGAGGCGAAGGCAAAACGUAGGCAAACCUUAGAGUCUCAACCCGAUCUGCCGGCUUCUGAGGCUGGUCCCGCGGUGCAUACUCAGGCACUCACUAUCCAAGAUACACACGCAAACCUCAGUAAAGAUACACUGGACGUCCGAAGCUUCCUCGAUGUGAAUCAGGGUGAGAUAUUGAAAGAGCCAUCCUUACGACAUUGCCAAUGGCUCUCUGGGCACGAGAAGUGGACAGACUUCAAGGCCAAGCUGGCUUCAGCACGGUGAGCGUCAAUCUCACUACUGUUCGCCCGCGCCCAUUGAACAAUGAUUUGCCCUAGCCUCGACCUCCAGACGAUCUAUUGUCCGCCCGAGAGCAUCAUCUGGUCUCCGCGGUCAACCAUGCGUUGUUUAUUUAUCCACCCUUACAUUGCUACGUCUC